GAACAAGCAUCCCAUGCUCCGUUGGACGCCGUCCACCGUUGUCAGCCCUGCAUGGUUGUUCUCGGGUUCGAAUCCUACGGCUUUUUCUACUCCCGAAAUCCGGACCAGUCCUGAUGCAACUUAGUUACAUGCUCAAGGUAUAACUUUGGACAUUUGUAGUAUAAGGAAGUAAGAGAGCUAAUGGAAGAAUAUAGCUCAAGCAGUGUGAAGAAGGCAAAACUGCAAUCUAUGCUCACUGCCCUGCUAGAAGAUCCCAUACUCACUGAUGUCCCGAAGAAGCCAACAUUGGCUGAUGUGGACACUCUCAUCAACCUUGAGCUGGGUAGUGCCAUGCGCAUUUCUGUUCUCAAACUAGAUGGAACAUCGUUUGAUGUGACAGUGAUGAACUCAGCGACAGUCAAGGAUUUGAAACUUGCGAUUAAGAAGAAAGUGAAUGACAUGGAACAAUCCAAGAUGGGUCACCGCCAUAUAUCUUGGAAGCACGUCUGGGCUAAUUAUUGUCUGUCAUACCAUAAUGAAAAGCUCCUUGACGAUGGGUUUGUGCUUCAGAAUUUUGGUAUUCGAAAUAAUUCUCAGGUACAUUUUGUACCCUAUGUCAUGACAAAAGAAUCUCAGAGACACUCGAAGAGGCGAAAACAUCGAUUCUUUCAUGGCCUUAAUAAGCUUUCUUGAUCAAGCGUAUGUUCAUAUCUGGAUUCAGGGGUGUAAGAUUUAGGAAUGUGGGGUUUGUACAGCCUUUGGCUUUUUAUUCUCAUGAACCAGAUUUCGGGGUUUGUUUCCCAGAUGUUUAUAUCCGGUUCUAUUGUACUAACACUUGCAAGGUGAAGAUUAUUUGGCUUCACAGCUUCAAUGUUCACUGCUGUUCAACUUA